AUGGCAUCGCAGGCAACCACCCACUCCCCACCUAGACCCCUCACCGUCCGCUGCCAAUGUGGCUCUGUCUCCUUCCCGACCCCGACAGCUACUUAUCUCGACCUCUUCCACUGUCACUGCACCGAAUGCCAAAAGCAGUCGUCCAGCGCCUACGGCACGUCGGCCAUCUAUCCCGCCGAGGGCCUGUUUCCGCUCUCCCCCGCCCUCGAGGCCAAGCUCAAGGUAUACACACGGCCCACGUCGAGCGGAGGCACUAUGCACUGUUGGUUCUGUCCAGAGUGCGGCUCGCGUUUGGUACACCGCGUGUAUGAAAAAGACGGGACGCCGCGGUCGACAGUCAGUGUGAAGGGCGGGUGUGUCGAGGGGUUAAAUUGGGAAGGGGCGAAGCAUAUAUAUGUGCGUAGUGCAGUCAUUGAGAUUCCGGUGGAAUGGGAACAGUAUUACACUGGGCCUGUGGAUAUAAAUAGGGGGGAAGUUCGCAAUUUUGGCAACUUAUGA